AUGACAGCAGAAACUAUAGCUAAAGCUGCCAACUCUGCUUUUGCCUCAUUGAAAACUUUAACCAAUGAUCAAAGAUCAUUAGCUUUACAAAAAAUCCAUGAUGCUUUAUUAACCAACAAGGAUAAAAUUCUUGAAUCCAAUAAAUUAGAUAUGGAAAAUGCCCAAUCCCAAAAUUUAUCUUCAUCAUUAAUUAAACGAUUAGAUUUAUCCAACCCGGGGAAAUAUGAUUCUAUGUUACAAGGUAUAUUAGAUGUUGCUCAAUUACCUGAUCCAAUGGGGAAAAUCACAUUGGCGAAAAAAUUAGAUGAAGGAUUAAAUUUAUAUCGAGUUACUGCUCCUAUUGGAGUAUUAUUAAUUAUAUUUGAAAGUCGUCCUGAAGUUAUUGCAAAUAUUACUGCUUUAGCUAUUAAAUCGGGGAAUUCGGCUAUAUUAAAAGGUGGUAAAGAAUCUUAUCAAACAUUUAAAAUCAUGAGUGAAAUUAUUAAUCAAACUUUACAAAUUGAAACUGAUGUUCCUCGUGAUGCUAUACAAUUGAUUCAAAGUAGAGAAGAUGUGGCUGAUUUAUUGAAUCAAGAUAAAUAUAUCGAUUUAGUUAUUCCUCGUGGGUCUAAUGAAUUAGUUCGAAAUAUUAAAUCAAAUACUAAAAUCCCUGUAUUGGGUCAUGCUGAUGGGAUUUGUUCAAUUUAUGUUGAUGAAAAAUUUGAUAUUAUUAAAGCUAAAAAAAUUAUUGUUGAUUCAAAAACAAAUUAUCCCGCUGGUUGUAAUGCUGUUGAACAAUUAUUAAUAAAUUCUCAUAUUCCUCAACAACAAAUUAUUGAAAUCUUACAAAUAUUAAUUGCUGCUAAAGUUACCAUUCAUGUCACUCCAGAAAUCAAACAAAUCAUUUCAAGUGGUGAUAAUAUCAAUAUCAAUAUCAAGGGAGACGACUAUAUUAAAGAUGUUGAAGCGGAUUCAUUUGAUAAAGAAUAUCUUUCAUUUGAUAUUUCGGUGAAAUUAGUUGAUAAUGUUGAUGAAGCCAUCAAACAUAUUAAUGAACAUUCAUCAAAACAUACUGAAUGUAUUAUUACUGAAGAUAAAGCUAUUGCUGAAAAGUUUUUGAAAAGUAUUGAUUCUGCUGGUAUUUAUUGGAAUGCAUCAACAAGAUUUGCUGAUGGAUUCCGGUAUGGAUUUGGUACUGAAGUAGGUAUUAGUACCAAUAAGAUCCAUGCUAGAGGUCCUGUAGGAUUAGAAGGAUUAAUGAGUUAUCAAUAUCAAUUGAAAGGUGAUGGUCAUAUAGUUGGAGAAUAUGUUGGUGGUGGUGGUAAUAAACUAUUUAUUCAUGAAGAUUUAUCUACUAAUUAA